AUGCACUCCGAAACACAACCGGACAACUUCGCCCCCAUCGACAGAAUCCCACAAGAGCUCUUCAACGUUAUAUUACGAUCGACAAUUCGAAGGCCAGGCCUCAGGUCGUCGUUUAGCUGCCUCGUCGAGCGUCCCAACCUCGAACCCCCACCUGGCUUCCAUAGUUGGCUCCCCCUACGCCUCGUUUCCCGCCGCUGGAACGCAACUAUCACCUCCGAGAAGCAUCUCUGGAGCACCAUCAUCGCACGCGGGCCCCAUGCGCGGGAGUGGUUGAUACUUUGUUUCUUCCUCUCGGUCCCUCGCCAUCAGUUCCCUCAACCAGAGUCAUCGCGAUCCCUCAACGAGUUCCUCAUAUCGACGACGUUUCCCGCUUUGACCGCACUCGUCCUCGUGUCAGACCCUUCCGACCAGUGGGAGCCGGGGGACGUCUCACCAGUCACAUUCGAGCAGCACAACACCCCCUCUCUCACGACGAUCUCGGUCAACUCGCCCUGGCAGGUGCCGCGUCCAGCGGCCUUUGCGCGCCUGAAGCGCGUCUCGCUCGACAGCGGGUUGAAAGUUUUGCCGAUGCACGUCCUCGGGCUCCUCCGCGCCGCGCCGCAGCUCGAAGAGUUCCGCCUUGGCUGCGGAUAUUACCAAGGAUUCGACCCAGACUCAACCGCCUGCGGGCUGUGGUACGCGGACGUCGGGCUCCCAGUGCCCGUCACCAUGGCCCACCUCCGCCUCCUCGAGUUCACGGAGGUCAUCCACAGGCAGUCGGACACCGUCUGGGUGCUCUCUCGCCUCCUCCUGCCCCGCGCGCAGGUCAUCCGUCUCGACUGCACGGGCCCGAACGCCCCGCACAUAUUCUACUACCUCCCCCGCACGCUCGCAAACUCGGUACCCGGCCUCCCCUCGCGCACCGGCCUGCGCGUCGUCGCCGCCGACCAUUCGUUCGGGAUCGAAGUCUGGAACGCGGACGGGACGCGCCGCUUCAUCGUCCGCUGCGACGUGGGAGACCGGCACCUGCCCUCCGACUCCGCCCUCAGCUACCUAGAAGUGUUCGUCGACCGCGUACGCUGUCCCGACGUCGGCCUCUCCGCGCUCGAGCUCGAUGGCACCGCCGGCUCGUUGUUCACGCAGCGGGCGGAGUGGGCGGCGCUUCUCCGAUGCUUCCCCAAGCUCACGCGGCUGUCGAUCGCGAACACGAGCGAAAACCGCGUGGACGGCCGUCUGGCGGAGUUGACGCGGGCGCUGCGCGAGCGCGGGGAGCCACUGGAGGAGUUGGUAUUUGUGGGCGAGCCGCCGUUGGAUCUGGAGAUGUGGAAGAAGAAGAUGAAGGCCGCUGGGGUCGGGAGCGUGACGCGAGUGGCCAGCACCGACGGAGGCUCGGACGACCGGUGGUAG